AUGGCUGCUGCGAAGUUCUUGGUGUCUGUGCUGGUUGUGCUCGUGGCCGCGGAGUGUGCCGUUCACGCACAGGAGAGGAUUAAGAUGUGCGGGCGGGAGCUGAUCCGUCUGGCCGUCUCCACCUGUGGUAACUCACGUCUGAGGAGAAGCCUCCUGGACUCGGAGCCGGGCCAGCAUCAGACCAUCACUCCUCCCUGGGACCAUGACGCGGCCGCAGAGGAGCUCCGGGCUGCAGAGGCCGCCCCCACCCCCCCAGAGUCUGACGAGAAGAGAGACGUCCUCUCCCUGGCCCCUCACUGGUACCCCAUGUCCUCCCGGAUCAGACGGACUGCUGGGAGAAUAUCCGAGAUCUGCUGCGAGAAAGGAUGCAGCCUGAAAGAGCUGAUACAGUUCUGCUAG